CAAUUUUCAGUUACCAUUCUAUCAUAAUUUAUUUUUUACGAGCCACACCCCAAAUAGAUCUAGUACAAGAUUUAUUGAUUUAACAUGGCCGUCAACAGGCACUUCAACUUUAAAAGCGUAGAGAUAUAUUUCAAGGAGUCCCUGGGCAGUGGAGCAUAUGGCUCUGUCUAUAGAGCCAAAUGUGAUCACUUGGUUUGUGCCGCCAAAGUCCUUCACCCCAUGUUCUUUGCUAGUUCUGAUCCGGCCGUGAAGGACACCAUUGCUAAAUUCAAAUCUGAAUGCGAGCUCCUCUCCUCUCUGCAGCAUCCAAACAUAGUUCAGUUCUUGGGAGAGUUCACUAACUCGGCGGGUGAGACUGCACUCGUUAUGGAACUGAUGGACGAGAGUCUCACCUCCUUCAUUGAUGGCUAUCACCCACAGGACAACCCAGUCCCAAUGCAUCUCAUGAUCGACUUCUCUCACGACAUAUCCCUUGCUCUUUAUUACUUACACAACAAUGGGAUCAUUCACAGGGACCUUUCCAGUAACAACGUACUUUUGCUUGGACGCAUACGAGCCAAGAUAACUGAUCUUGGAGUCUCUAAGCUUCAUGACGCAGCAGGGCAGCACAUGACUCAAUGUCCAGGUGCUCCCGUGUACAUGCCGCCCGAGGCUCUCUCUCAAGGUACCAACUACUCUGAGAAACUUGACGUCUUUUCUUUUGGAGUCCUCCUAAUACAAAUGGCGUCCUGUCGCUUCCCUUGUCCUUCUCCGGCUGAGGUACAGCUCGAGGAUCCCACCUCGCCGACAGGGUUUGUGAGAAUGCCUGUAAAAGAGACAGAGAGACGCUCUCAAGACCUUGCUACAUUUAAUGAGAGUCACAUUCUCCGUCCACUCAUGUUGCAUUGCAUUGAAGACGUUCCUCAUAAUAGGCCGUUUACGUCCGAGAUAUGCGAACACUUGGAAAAACUGAAAAUGGUAUCGGAAUAUAUUGAGAGCAAAUUAUCAGAAACACGUCUUGAGUCACAAGCGAGUACUGGGAGUCCUUUAGAUGUGCCUCCUGUUUCAAAUCAAACCCCAGCUGCUACUGGCGACAGUAUAAUUCCUCCUGAUGUUGAAUUGCUGCGUAAGGAAAUCACUACGCAUGAAGAAAGACUGAGAGAAAAGGACGCCAUUCUCCAAGAAAAAGAGAAAGAGUUAGAACUGGCUACUCUGACAGCAAAAGAGAUAGAGGCGUAUAAAGAGAAAGCAAGCGAACUUGAGUCACAGCUGAAAGAAAGAGAAGCUGAGCUUGAAGCUGAGAGGUUCAAAUUUGCUCAGAUUGAAUUAGAACUAAAAGCAGUGCAAGAUAAAGAAGCGUCGUCUCGAAGAAUGACAUUUCUUGAUGAUCCCGGAAAUGAAGGAAAAGUAAUUAGAGGCCUUGAUCCUAACAUUGUUGCUCUUUUAAGCAAAAAUGAAUUAGGAGAGCUAAGAGCUGUCAUGUACAAUACCCCAGAGCCUGGUGACAUUACUGUCAUUGCUAACACGGACGCUCUGCCUUCUAGGAUUCGCUCUGUUCUCACUAAUUACCAAAAGCUUGCAAACUCCUCCAACCUUUGCGUCGAUUUUUUAGCCAUACCGUCUUGCUUUCCUGGGGAUGAGCUGGAAAAGAAACUCGAAGUAUACAACAGCAACUACAACACGUGUCAUUUCAGUGUCAUCCAGGACCUUAAUGCCUUGCAAGUCAUGGCCCUACAGCCAGCAAUCCUCAAACAAGCAAAGGAGAACUGGGAGAGAGAAUUAAAACACACCAUUUACAUGUCAGGCUGUCGAAAGCUUCUACUGAAGAAGACUGACAUAACAAAAGAGCCUGUGACAGUUCUUGUAAAUGCUGCAAAUAGGAGACUAGGCCAUAGUGCUGGACUAGCAAGAGCUCUUAACGCAGCUAGUGGCGGUAAGAUGCAGUCAAUAUGUGACGAGUACAUAAGACAGAAUGGGAUUCUGGAUGAGUGUGGCAUAGCAAGAACCCGUUCUGCCGGAGAGCUGAAGUGUCAGUGGGUUCUCCAUGCAGUGAGUCCUGACGGUGCUAAAUACUCUCCCCCAGCUCUUCAGGAUAAAAUGAGAGGCCUUGUUACCAGUUGUCUUAAAGAAGCUGAUAAAAUAGGAGCAUUCUCCAUUGCUAUACCCCCACUUGGUACCGGUCACCAUCACGUUGAUAAGAAAUUGGCGGCAAAUGCUAUCAUUGCAGCUGUGCUUGACUACGACUACCUGGGGGACAACAGUCUUCGUGAGGUCAUUAUUUGUGCCAUUGAUGACAGAACUUUUUCAGAUUUUGCCGAAAUUUUUGCCGAAAGACGUGCAAGUCUUGAGUACCAGCUGUCGGAUACUGUUGGUAUUCUAAGUGAGACACCUGUUGAAAUGCCAGUGGCUCCUGCAUCAACUUGCAGGAAUCAAUAAAAAGUUUUAUGUUUGUAAUUAUACUGAGAUAAUACUGUUUGACAUUUGUUAAUUUUUAAUAAUAGUUAUU